AUGACACCUAGAUAUCGUCGAAUUGCGGUCAUUGGCACAGGCCCUUCAGGCCUCUCCGCCGUCAAGGCUCUCCAUGACGAGAAUACCUUUGACAAAAUUCAGGUCUUCGAGAGGCGCGACCGUGUAGGAGGCAUCUGGCACUAUGACCCAGCCCCAGACCCGUUUCAUGCCCCCGGUAGCCCAUCACAGACUCCCAACAUCCCCACCAGUCUUCCCCAGUUCACCUCUCCACGCCCGGAAGACACCAGUGCCAGAACAGGGAUUUACUCCCACCUCGACAGCAAUGUCGGUGCCAAAACAAUGGCUUUCACCCACACACCAUUCCCCGAAAUCAACUCAUCAACCUCAAUCAAAACCUUCGGCCCAUCCAAUGCCUCCCGUCCGUUCCGUGCCGUGGCCAACUACCUGGAGGACCUCUUCAUCCCCUACCUGCACCUAGUCUCGCUAAGCACGACAGUCGAACGGGUCGAGAAAACCGGCCACGAAUGGACCCUGACCCUCCGUAAAACCGGCCAGCUCUACCGCAGCCUACCCCAAGACUACUGGUGGACCGAGACCUUCGACGCCGUAAUUGUCGCUUCAGGUCACUACAACGUGCCUUCCAUCCCGUCCAUUCCAGGCCUAUCCACCACAGCCUUAACACACCCCCACGCCUUCGAACACGCCAAAGCCUUCCGCCACGCUGACAACUACGUCAACAAGCGCGUGCUCAUCAUCGGCGGCAACGUCUCCGCCGCUGACCUCGUCACCGAACUCCACGAGAUCGUCUCCGGACACCUCUACAUCAGCCAACGCGGAAUCAACCCCGCCCUCGAGAACGCCUGGACCCUGCCCAACGUCGAGCGCAAGCCCACUCUAUCUCGCCUCGAACCUACCACGGCAUCAGGAAGCACAAACAACACCGUAAGAGCCCAUUUCACCGACGGCACCAAGCUUGAGUCCAUCGACCGUGUCAUCUUCGCCACAGGUUACACCGCGUCCUACCCCUUCCUUGUCCCGGACCCCGUCACGGCUAAUAACCGCGUUGCGGGAUUCUACCAGCACAUCUUCCGCAUCUCGGAUCCCUCUCUGGCGUUGGUGGGCCAGGUGCGUGCUGCUCUCAGCUUCCGCGUCUACGAGUACCAGGCUGUUGCGGUGGCGAGGUAUUUCUCUGGUCGAGCGAAGGAGCUGCCGAGUCAGGCGGAGCAGGAUCGGUGGGAGUUUGAGAGGUUGAAGAUCAAAGGGAAUGGGGUGGCGUUCCACGAAAUCAAGCCGGAUUUUAGGGAGUAUUUUGAGGCGUUGUUGGAGAUUGCGGGUGACGGGGCUGGAUUGGCCCCGUUUGAGGAUAGGUGGGCCGAUGAGGCAUUUGAGAUUUUGAAGGCCAAGGAUGAAUAUUGGUUGAGAUUGAAGAGGGAUCAGAAUAGGGCGAAGUUGUAG